AUGACUGAAAAAGCAGCCGCAGACAUUAUCGACGCCUCGCACAAUGAAGAUGUGCUUCCGGCAACCAAGGUUGAUCCGCCAUCUCGGCGCGACUCAAUCGCUGUUAACAUCGUUGAGAACCCCUUGAAGCGAGUCUCCACGGAACAGGCUGUAGCAGAUGCUCGGGCCUACGCUCAGUCACAUGGCAUGCCUGAGCACGCCGACCUUUUUGGUCGGGCUGCUCUCGUCGCGCGAGACCCGGAAAGAUUCGAGAUGGUCGCCGAGCUUGAUGAACGAGAGCGCAGUGCGCUCGCCUACGAGAGGGACCACAAAUGGCACGGUCCGUUCAUGCUGUGGUACUCAAUUGGUCUGUGUGCUAUUGGGGCUGCCACGCAAGGAUGGGACCAGACUGGUUCGAACGGAGCCAACUUGUCGUUCCCCGAAGAAUUUGGUAUAAACGGUAAAGGAAGAGAUGAAUGGAUUGUGGGGCUCAUCAAUGCCAUUAUCUUCUUAACUGCCGGUCUCAUUGGCGCUUUCAUCGUCGAUCCGCUCAAUCACUACUUAGGCCGAAGAGGUGAGAUCUUUCUCACGGCUUGCUGUCUUACUGCAACCCCAAUUGGUUCCGGUUUCGCAAAAUCAUGGCAAGGGCUGUUCGCGGCGCGCUUCAUUAUGGGUAUCGGUAUCGGUGCCAAAAAUGCCACAGUCCCCAUAUACUCGUCUGAAAUGGCCCCGGCUAGAAUUCGAGGUGCUCUCGUCAUGUUCUGGCAGCUUUGGGUGGUAGUUGGUAUCUUCUUGGGCUUCUGUGCCAAUGUCAUUGUCAAAGAUACUGGUCGCAUUUCUUGGCGUCUCCAACUGGGUUCAGCAUUUAUCCCAUCCUUCAUUCUGGGCGUUGGUAUCUUCUUCUGUCCCGAAUCCCCUCGUUGGCUCAUGAAGCAUGGAAAGCAUGCCCAAGGGUUCCAAUCUAUGUUACGCUUGCGGGCUCAUCCCAUAAUCGCCGCAAGAGACUUUUACUACUCGUUCGUUAUCUACGAGGAAGAAGUUAGGGAAGCUCGUGGUGCGGGCUACUUCUCCCGUCUGUGGGAUUGUUUCACUGUACCUCGGAUCAGGAGAGCAAACUAUGGUGCCUCUACAGUUAUGAUUGCCCAGCAGAUGUGUGGUAUCAACAUCAUCUCUUUUUAUAGCUCAACUAUCUUCGAAAACGUUGGUUACACAGCGACCCAGGCUCUGUACGCUUCUCUCGGCUACGGUGCUAUUCAGGUCGUAUCCACUAUCCCUACUGUGUUCCUCAUCGAUACUAAGGGCCGAAGAACCUUAACUUUGAGUACUUUUCCACUUAUGUGCAUCUUCUUAUUGGCUGGAGGUCUAUCUCUUCUGAACACAACUGGUAGCCGUGGCUCACAAAUUGGACCAGUUGUCCUAUUCGUCUAUCUCUUCACAAUUUGUUAUUCGUUGGGCGAGGGACCAGUUGCCUUCCAGUACUCUGCCGAGGUGUUCCCUACUAUCCAGAGAGAACAGGGAAUGGCCUGGGCGGUUUGCAUCAACAACACUUUCGCCGGUAUUCUUAGUUUAACCUUCCCUCGAAUGAAAACGGUUAUGACUCCAACCGGUGCCUUCGGCUUCUAUGCUGGUCUCAACCUUAUUGCUUGGUUCAUGAUCUUCUGCUUUGUUAGAGAAACCAAGCAAUUAACCCUGGAAGAGUUAGACCAGGUAUUCUCUGUUCCGACAAAGGAUUUUAUCCGUUACGAAUUGACCGUGUGGCUUCCUUGGUUUAUAAGACGGCAUAUCUUCCGACAGUAUAUCCCCAAGCCACCACCAAUCAUCGCAAAGGCUGAGAGGUUCGACGCUAUCAGCGCGGCGUAA